AUGCGCUCUUCGCGUUUCUCCGCCUGUCUUCCCUUCACCACACAGCUGUAUUGCCAUACGCCCUAUACUCUCUCUUCCCCCCUCUUUCACGCAGCACUAGCGCUAGGUUUCUGGUUGUUCUCUCACCUGAAUCAGCAGUACGCCUGUUUCAGAAGCGCCAUGGCUGCUGUGACCCAACAGGCGUCUCUCUCGGCGUCCGCGCCGAGGCUCGCGGUCUCUCGCACCCAGCUCGGAGCACCCAACCGGCUGGCCUCCUCAGCCUCGCCGAUGCUCAGCCCAUGGUGGCGAAGCCUCUCCCAAUCCCUCACCGCUACAGCUCCUUCAGCUCCCAAGUUCCACGCCGCCAGCCGCCUGAGCGUCCGCGCAAAGGCCGCAGAGGCGGAGGAGGCAGUCGCGGAGGCCGGCGCUGAGGCAGUGGAGGAGGCCCCCGCCAAGGCCAAGCCCCCGCACAUGAAGCACCUCAUGAAUGUUUUGACGCAGGAAGCCGCACAAACUCUUCGGAAGGAGCGCAACAUUCCAGACUUCAGGCCUGGCGAUGUCCUCGCUCUUCGCGUGGAAGUGCCUGAGAACAAGAGGCGUGUAUCGCUGGUGCGAGGCAUUGUGAUCUCGAGGCGUAACGGUGGCAUCAACACCACCUUCCGCAUUCGCAGGAUGAUGGCUGGCGUUGGUGUCGAGAUGGUCUUCCCCCUGUACUCUCCCAACAUCAAAGAGAUCAAGGUUGUUGACAGGAAAAAGGCACGGCGGGCUAAGCUUUUCUACCUGCGCGACAAGCUCGCCCGUCUUUCCACAUUCAACUAG